AUUGAAAUUAAUUGAGCAUCCGGCCGCGCUACGCGCUGCUACAGGCAAACGCAGACCUCAGGGUCUCGACGGGGUCUAAAGCACACAGCGCUGCGCUGCGCUCGGUCGGCAAGGCCCGCGGUUUGUUAGCUUAGGCAUAGAGCAGCCAGAGCAGCGCUCAGUACCGCGCGCGCCGCUGAAGAACUGGUUGAGCUGUCAGGCUCGCACGCGGCCUCGCCGUAGAAAUGGACAACCGCUGCAACUGCGCGAACUGCCGCCGCGCGAGGAGGGCGCAGGCGUCGCCCGUCGACACGAGUUUUGAUGGAUGGGUCGUACUGAGAGAUUUAGUCGACGAACUGCUAAACGGGGACGCGCCGGGCGAGGCCCUGGCCGCGCUGCGCCGCAUGGUCGACGACUACGCCUUCGACGAGGCCGGCGAGGCCUUGGUGAGGGCGCCGGGCGCCGUCGAGGCGCUUUUAAACCAUGUGACGGACGCCGCCCAUCGGGAGACGGCCGUGAGCAUCCUCGCGAGUUGUGUGAGGGCGGACCCCGAGGAGUGCGGGCCGGCGGCGCGGGGCGAACUGGCCGAGCCUUUGGUGGAUGUCUUCAUCGACCACGUCACGGCGCUCCACCGGCACGGCCGCCACCACGAGAACGCGACGCUUGCCCUCCUCGCCGUCGCCGAGUGCCCGCGCUGGGCGUUAUCGGAGGAGGACGACGACGAUGAGGACGAGUACACGUGGGGCGAGGACGGUUUACCAAGGCGCAAGCGGCGGCGGCGCGACGAGGACGCGGCCGAGGCCGACGCGAACUUCGGGGCUUAUGUGGCUGCGCCGCUCGCCGCAGUAUUAAAAUGCGGCGACGGCGACGCGCGGCGCGACGCGCUCCAGACGCUCGCUUCCAUAAGGCUCGAGAGCGGGCCGGAGCGGCCCCAUAUUGAUUAUCCUGGCCGCAGCGCGGGCCGCUGCGACUGCUCGCCGCGCGUCGGGCGCCUGGUCGAGGCGGGCGUCGUCGCGCCCCUCGCGGCUGUUUUAUUGAGGGGCCACGGACCGACCGAGCCGGACCCGGAGGACGAGGAAGACUGGGACGAGACGGUGCUCUUCGCGCUGGCGGCGCAGUGCUGCACGCGGCUCCUCGCGGAGGCGAAGGCGGCCUUCGCGCCGCUCGCCGCCGCGGGCGCCGCGACGCCUCUGGCAAAUGCCGUCGUCGCCUUCGCGACGGUUGAAGAUGAUGACAUGGAGGUGUUUGUGCACGCUUGCGACGCCGCUUCUGCAUUAUUCGCCCACGCCGCCACCACCUCAAUGGUGUUGGAUGAAAGAGGAUGUGCCGUGCAGCAAGCUAGAGAUGAUGACGGCGUCUUGCAGAGUUUUCUGGAUGCGGGCGCCGUCGAGGCCUGCGUGGCGGCGCUCGACCACCCGGAACGGGAAGAGCGCCGCGCCGCGGCCGUCAAUCUUUUGUCAGAGUUCUGCUCGUUCGGGGACGGAGCAUCGAGGGUUGUGCGAGAAGCGAACGGCGUGACCAAAUUCGUGGAACUGUUGGGAGAGGACCCUGAUGAUCAUACCGAGACGGCCGCUAACGACCUGUUCACGGCGACGGCGCGCGUCGUCGAGGGCCUGGCGACGGACGACGGCGAUCGAGCCGAUGCUUUGGUGGCGGCGGGCGCGCUGCGGCCGCUGAAGCGCGCGGUCGUGGAUUCCGUGCGCUACGUGUAUUCUGAUCGAAUACAUACGGCGUCGAACAGGCGAAGAGAGACGUUCCUGCGGGCGGCGAUCGCCGCGAACGCUCUAGGCAACGUCGCGGAGCACUCGCCGCCGCCGCCGCCGCCGCCGCGCCGCAAGGGCAAGGGGCGCGGCGGGCGCCGCCUGCCGUCGCGCGCGAUGCGCGUCGCGGCCGACGACGAGCAGGAGCGGGACGGCGACAAGUCGUUCGUCGAGGCGCUCGUCUUCGUUUUAAGGUUGGCGCCGCCGCGCUACGCGCAGCCGCCCUUCCGCGAGGCGCUGGCCGAGCUGAAGACGUCGGCGACGUGGUGCCUCGCGUCGCUCUGCGCGCACGACGGGCCGCGGCAGGUCGUCUAUGAUGCCGACGCGAUUCCGCCGCUCGUGGCGCUCCUCGUCGACGCCGAGAAUGAUUCUAGGUACAUCCACGACUUCGCCUAUCCUGGUUUGAGGCACUCGUUCCGCGAGUACGUUUGCGGCGUCCUUUCCUGCUGUCACGCCAUCGCCGCGACAUUCGCAACACACAGGUACGCGGCGAUGGCGCUUCACCGCCUCGCGCGCGUGUCCGCGGCCGCGCGCAAGGACGUCGCGACGCCGGCCGUGAUCAGCACGCUGCGCGAGUUCGUCGCCGCCGAGGACCCGGGCACGGCCGCCGUGGCCCGCACCGCGCUCUCGGAGCUCGGGCUCAGCGUGCCGACGCGGACGAUCCCACGCCGGAAGUGCCGACGCUUGGGCUAAGGACCCCUGUAUUUA